AAACAACGAAAAUUUUCCAUUUGUAAAUCUGGAAGCUGACUCUUUCCCGUCGGAGAAGUUUCAAAUCCCGCCGUCGACGAUCGACGAAUCGAUCCCAGAGCACUCGAACAGCUUUGAGAAAACCUCCGAUCUCGUUUUCACUCGUCGCGAAACGAUUCGCCCCUCAUCCGUCGCUAAUUGCGUGCUUAUAAUAUGAAACAACGAUCCUGUUCAGAUCUAUAAGCUAACUGAGAGAAAAAAACCUGUCUCGAUCCAUUAGUUACUGAGUUUUUCUUUGUUUAACAUCAUCUAUUAGCUGAUAAUGGCGACCAGGAAUCGUACGCUCUUGUUCCGCAAGUACAGGAACUCUCUGAGGAGCGUCCGCGCUCCGAUGACGGAUUCGAAAUCCGGCGUAGGUCCCGUGAUCGAGAUGGCGAGCUCGUCUCUGUUGCAUCCCAAACGAUCGUAUGCUCCGGUCAGUACCGAAGAUCCAGGGAGUUCGAGUAGAGGAGGAGCAGUAACAGUGGGAUUACCACCAGAUUGGGUUGAUGUCUCUGAGGAGAUUUCAGUGAACAUUCAGCGUGCGAGGACUAAAAUGGCUGAACUCGGGAAGGCUCAUGCGAAAGCCUUGAUGCCUACGUUUGGUGAUGGUAAAGAAGAUCAGCAUCAGAUCGAGUCUUUGACGCAGGAGAUUACUUUCCUGUUGAGGAAAUCAGAGAAGCAGCUUCAGAAGCUAUCUGCAGCUGGACCUUCUGAAGAUUCAAAUGUCAGGAAAAACGUGCAGAGAUCUCUUGCUACUGAUCUCCAAUUCCUUUCUAUGGAGCUCCGCAAGAAGCAGUCUACAUAUCUGAAACGCUUGAGACUACAAAAAGAGGAUGGAGGGGAUUUAGAGAUGAAUCUCAAUGGAAGCAGCUCUAGAGCAGAUGAUGAUGACUUCGAUGAUAUAUUAUUUAGUGAGCAUCAGAUGAGCAAGAUCAAAAAGAGCGAGGCAAUAUCCGUAGAGAGGGAGAAAGAGAUUCAGCAGGUUGUUGAAUCUGUAAACGAGCUCGCUCAGAUAAUGAAGGAUCUUUCUGCACUUGUAAUUGACCAGGGUACGAUAGUUGAUCGGAUCGACUAUAACAUCCAAAACGUUGCUAGUACAGUUGAAGAUGGUCUCAAACAGCUGCAAAAGGCAGAACGUACACAGAGAAAUGGAGGUAUGGUUAUGUGUGCGUCUGUUCUUGUUAUUCUCUGCUUCAUCAUGAUAGUACUCUUAAUCCUUAAAGAGAUUUUCUUGUGACUCAAGAAAGAGGUUGAUCCCUCAUUCUUUUAUUCUUUCAUAAUGGGAAACCCAACAAUGUUUGCGUUGCUCAUUGUUCUGCUGUAUCCACCAAAAUUGUCUGAAUGAAUAUAAAUUCGAAUUGCGUUCUCUUUAGUA